UUUUUCAUCAAGAGUCUUCGACUUAUUUUUUUUUUAAUAUCAAUUGAAUUUACACACAAACUACAAUGGCUCCAGUCUACACUAACUCUAACGGUUGUCCAAUUCCAGGUGACCCAUUCGCUACUCAAAGAAUUGGUAAACACGGUCCUCUCUUAUUGCAAGAUUUCAACUUGAUUGACUCCCUUGCUCACUUUGACAGAGAAAGAAUCCCAGAACGUGUUGUCCAUGCUAAGGGUUCCGGUGCUUAUGGUGUCUUUGAAGUCACUGAUGAUAUCAGUGACAUUUGUGGAUCCGCCUUUUUGGAUACUGUUGGUAAGAAGACCAAGAUCUUUACUAGAUUCUCCACUGUUGGUGGUGAAUCUGGUUCUGCUGAUUCUGCUAGAGACCCAAGAGGUUUUGCUACUAAGUUCUAUACUGAAGAAGGUAACUUGGAUCUUGUUUACAACAACACCCCAGUCUUCUUUAUUAGAGACCCAUCAAAGUUCCCUCACUUUAUCCACACCCAAAAGAGAAACCCAGAAACCCACUUGAAGGAUGCUGAUAUGUUCUGGGACUACUUGACCACUAACCAAGAGUCUAUUCAUCAAGUUAUGAUUUUGUUUAGUGACAGAGGAACCCCAGCUUCUUACCGUGAAAUGAAUGGUUACUCCGGUCACACUUACAAGUGGUCUAACAAGAAGGGUGAAUGGCACUAUGUUCAAGUUCAUAUGAUUAGUGACCAAGGUGUCAAGACUUUGAACAAUGAAGAAGCUGGUCAAUUAGCUGGUUCCAACCCAGACUUUGCUCAAGAAGAUUUAUUCAAGAACAUUGCUGCUGGUAACAACCCAUCCUGGACCUUGUAUGUUCAAACCAUGACUCAAGAACAAGCCAAGAAUGCUCCAUUCUCUGUGUUUGACUUAACCAAGGUUUGGCCACAUGCUGACUACCCAUUAAGAAGAUUUGGUAAGAUGACUCUUAAUGAAAACCCAAAGAAUUAUUUCGCUGAAGUUGAACAAGCUGCUUUCUCACCAGCCCACACCGUUCCAUUCAUGGAACCAUCUGCUGACCCAGUGUUGCAAUCCCGUUUGUUCUCCUACUCUGACACUCACAGACACAGAUUGGGUACCAACUACACUCAAAUCCCAGUUAACUGUCCAGUUACCGGUGCUGUUUUCAACCCACACAUGCGUGAUGGUGCCAUGAAUGUCAAUGGUAACCUUGGUGCUCAUCCAAACUACAUGGCUUCAGACAAGCCAAUUGAAUUUAAGCAAUUUUCUUUACAAGAAGAACAAGAAGUUUGGGAAGGUGCCGCUUGCCCAUUCCACUGGAAGUACACUGAUGAUGAUUUCAAGCAACCAGCUGCUUUGUGGAAUGUCUUGAAGAGAUAUCCUAACCAACAAGAACACUUGGCUCACAAUGUUGCCGUCCAUGCUUGUAAUGCCAGACCAGAAAUCCAAGACAGAGUUGUUGAAUAUUUCAGCAAGGUUUCUACAGAUUUAGGUGACAGAAUCAAGAAAGAACUCUUGGAAUUGAGCCCAAGAAAGUAAGGAAAUUGUUUUUAUGUUAAUGUUGUAUAGGAGUUUUAUUUAAAUAAGAUGUUUUUAACUAUGGCUGUUUGUCUUUAUAGCAUUGUUCAUGAAGU